GAAACGCCAGCAAUCGAAAAAUUAUUAGCAUGGUGAACGUAUUAUGCAGUCUGUUGGUCUGCGGACUGGUACUCGUAAGUGCCGCACAACUGAAAGACGGAGAUGUCCUGCAAGAUUACCAGCGGCUGACGGGGCUCCGCUCACUGGGAGUCGAGUUUGCCGAACACUUUCGAAAUGCAUCGCUCACGGACUUGGAUCUAUUCCACUCCCGAAUACCCAGUCAGGACGAUCUGUUGUGUCUCGCGGACAUGGCGCAGUUCAUGCAGGCUCUCACUGCUGGAAAAUUAUGGGCCCUUAAGAUGAUCGAUGCUUGGGGCUCCAUUCCGUCGGGACUGCUGUAUGGUAACAUCGUCAAUUUUGGCAAUUUCGAUGAAUGCAUCAAGAUCAGCAAAGAGAUCACCAGUAGUCACAGCAUUAAUGGAAAGUACUGCUUUCUCAACGUGUCCUUUAGUUUUCUGCCUCAAUAUGUUUCGUUACUAACGAACCAAUUGAAGAUCGCAUCAUGCUUUCCGGCUUCGUGCUCUGCGGCAAACAUGGAUGCGCCUUUGGAACAAUUAAUGCAGAAAAUAUUAAACUCAAGCAGCAUAAACAUACAAAUUCGAGAGGCCAGCUGCCAGACAAGUGAAUCGAAACCCUGGGAUGGAAUGACCAUUUUCACAGUUGUGCUUCUCGGCUUCAUGGGUACUAUAGUGGGUCUAUGCACGCUCUACGACUACUUUCUGUGCCAGGAUCAGAGUAGUAUCCCUGUGACUGUGAAAAUUUUCUCGGCACGGGCCAGUUCUCGUGCCAUUUUCCGCAUUGUCGACAGCAAAUCGAAUCCGAAUGUGAUCAAUUGUCUUGAUGGAAUCCGCUGCAUGUCCCUGUUCUGGGUGGUUCUUGGACAUGGAGUCGGAUAUUCUGCAGGCAAUCCGAAUAUAAAUACCCUACCCACAGUGUUGUGGCUCGAAGAACCAUUUUCCAACUUUAUUCUGUACGCAUAUUUCUCGGUGGAUUCAUUUUUUUUCAUUGGUGGUCUGCUAGUUGCAAUGGUUGUCCUUCGAUCAAUGGAGAAAUCCAAGGGAAAGCUGAAUGUGCCAAUGAUGUAUCUUCACCGCUUCAUACGUAUUACCCCUAUCUUGGCAGUGGCCAUUCUUGUCUACGUGAAUCUGAUUACUGUUGUCGCCGACGGACCGCUCGGCUAUAUAGAGUACCGUGACAAAGAAGCCUGUGAAAAGGGCUGGUUCUGGACGCUGCUGUUCGUGCAGAAUUAUGCAACAAGCAAUGCUUGCCUAGGUCAUGCCUGGUACUUGGCAGUGGAUAUGCAACUAUACAUAAUCUCUCCGCUUCUGCUGAUUGCUCUGUAUAAAUGGGGCAAAAAGGCAGCUGCUGGCAUUGUAGUGCUGUUGCUUCUAGUCACGACCUGCCUCUUUGUCACGAUGAUGGUCAACAAUGAAUCAAUGCUCGCGAAGAAUGGAAAUAAAGGAGGUGAUGGUGUGGAUGUCUAUGGAUCCACACACACGCAUGCUGGUCCAUGGCUGACUGGAUUUCUCUUCGGGUACUUCUUGCACCUGAAUCGUGGAAGGAAGUUCCAGCUAAGCCGGAUUGUCGUGUGGUCUGGAUGGCUGCUUAGCCUGGCCAUGAUUUUCACCUCAAUCUUUGCCAUGUAUCCCGCAUCCAAGUUUAGGGCUCCUCCUCUCACCAUGCUCGAGGAGUCUCUCUACUACACGCUUACCCGGGUGGGCUGGCCCCUAGCGCUGUGUUGGAUCGUCUUUGCCUGCAUGCAGGGCCAUGGCGGUCUGGCAGACAGUUUCCUAUCCUCGCCAUUGUGGCAGCCUCUCUCGAGACUCUCCUAUUCCGUGUACAUCUGGCAUAUGUUCACUCUGGAAGUAAACAGCAGAAUUCUACGGACCAAUACAUAUUUUUCGAACUACAACUUUAUGCUUAGUUUCUGGUCUGUCAUUGGGAUCACUAUUUUGAUGUCGUAUGUGCUUUAUGUUAUCAUUGAGGCUCCUUUUGGCGGACUCGAUAGUCUUCUACGAACCCGGGAGCCCCAAGCUCCAAGCGAACAAAAGCAGUCGUCAGUCGAUGUCCAGCAGGAUCAGUUGAAUGACGGAAGGAAUCUGGAUGAACCUGAAGAGCCUAAGGAAGAAUCCACAACGACUGUUUCAGAAUAGUUAAAUGUAAGAUGCUAAUAGUCGUGUUUUGUCUUUUCCAUAUUUAGAUCCAGUAUGGUUUUCUUGUAUUCAAUGACUUUUCGCUGACCAGACAUGUUUAAGUUUGUUAUUAAGUUAUGACUUUGAAGCCACUUGAGAUAUUAGCUCUUACAAAUAACUAUUCGACAAGCGCUUUACUCACAAAUUCAACUAAUAAAAACAUAUAGUCUUCCAAGUAAUCUCUUCCAUUGUCUAUACUUAU